GAGUACCGGGAAAGGGUGAAAAUGCUGAGCAGCAAGGUGAUAAAAGGGAGAGAGAAAUUGGAGCAUCACCCCUCCCUCCUGCAUUUGCCAUCUGAUGUGGAGACGGUGUUGCUAGGGGCAACCAUCCGAGCAAGAGAAAGGGAGAGAGAGGGAAAUCUAGAGACCAGCUGGUAAGAGGGAUGGCAGCAGAGAGGCACGGAGGACACGGAAUGAACCAAACAGCAUCAGCAAAGGGUAGAGAGACCUGAUACUUCUGCAUGUCUUGCCUCACUCCGCCUCGCUUGACUGAUGAUGACGACGAAGCAAAACAAUCAAGCAGAGGACACAACAGCCUGCCAGCAUCAGCAGCAAAGAAGCAGGCUGCCCAGUCAUCAGCUGACGUGCUCAUGAGUUCAGCAGCCAAUGAGCUGCCAGGAGGCUCCUCCCGAGCACAACCACUCAGAUGCAGAGACGGCACAAGCCUGGCUCAGUUGUCUUAUUAAUGAAUGGAGCAGUUCCCAGGCUGGAUCACUGCACAUCUCCGCACUCUCCGCUCGGCUGCUCUCUCCUCUGACACAGGAAGACCGCGAAAAACAUCAACAUUGACAACAAGGACAGCAGCAGUACAGGAAGAGUUAAACAGUGGCCAUGAAUGGACGGCAAAGAAACACAGACAACCAUGAUGAGGACACAACCGAGGACAUGGCAGCACCUAUUAAGAACAAGGACCCACAUCCUGAUCUCCACCCACCGGAUUCACCCUCUCCAUCGUCAUCUUCUCCCCCUCUUCCUCCAUUAGCCAUGCCACCUUCUACAUCUGCCUCCGCUCUCCUGGCACUGGCCUCUCCAGCCACCAGGCGCUCCAUUUCAAUGGGAGACUUCCGUAGGGUGACAGGGGCUCUGCUAACUGGCUCUGAACCGCCAUCCACCUCUGCCACGGCCCCCUCCUCCAAGCUCGUCACCCCCAGCUCCAGCAUGGAGUUCGAGGCAGCUCGACGGCGCCUCCUGGAGGUGGAGGAGCGUCAACGUGUCAUCAGAGAGAUGGAGCGCCGGCUGGAGGAGCUCAGGGAGGUGUUUGUGCGCUCAGAGCAGGAGGUGGUGGUUCACGGGGAGCUGGUUUCGCGAAUAUCUAGUGCUGCCCAGCAGGGGGAGCUGUACGUGGCAGAGAACAGCCAACGGCUGAAGAAAGGCCUGAGGUUCAAGAAACAUCGACCUACCAUCGUCUUCUCCUCCAUGCUGGGACUCCGAACGUGCCUCCCCUGGCCUGUGAAGCUCAAAUAGGACAAUAGAGGCUUGCAUCUCCACCAUUGCUUUAGAAAUGUGCUUUACAUAAAUGGGAGGAUAGAUUUCCAUUCUUUAGCUAUCACUAAUUGACACGGCUGCUCUCCAGUUUCCACCUCUCUGCUCUUGUAUCCUGAGGCUGGUCCUCCAGGUCUUUAGAGUGCCUACAAUAAUCACAAAUGCUAGUAAGAAGCUUCCGGUUUAGUGCAUUUCCAGAAAUUCUCUGGCUAGCAAACCAAUCAAGCCAGUACCAAUGCAGUGUGCACAGGAUGUCAUUGUAUCUUCAUUAUUUUCAAAGAUACUUUGCUGCUUGCAGUUUGGUGCAGUAUGAACUUGAAUAGGAGAGAUUGUUUAUUGAUAUAGACUCCAUGAUGCAUGGAUGAGUCAUUUUUCAGGUGAUGUGGGAGGAGAGGUUGUUAGGUGACAAGAGCUUUGCCGUACAUCUGUAAACUAAACCAAUAAGGAUUAUGUAAUGUAAACCUUUUCAGAGGAAGAAGAGGAAGAGAGGGGUAAGAGGGAAAGAAAUAGAGGAGAAGAGACAGAAGAAAGCACCGAACAAUCUGCCUCUCCAACAUGUCACGACAGAAGGGAAGGGCAGUGAAAGAGAAUCAGAGGUUAAGCUAUGAUAGGGAUUGCUGCACUGUUACAUAAAACCAAGGAUGCAGUAAUGAGGCAGGGAAUGGAAAAGAGUCUGAAAAAGAGAAAACGCACAAAGUGUGGAAUUGUGAUGGCUGAGACAUACACAGAAAAUGUGCCUUGGCUUCUCUGUGACCACUCGUCCACCACCACAACUUCUGUUUUUGGCAGCAUAAAUGAGGAAAUGCAAGAGAGCGGGAGAGGAGUUCAUGCUGGGACGAUUCCACCUGUGGCCUCUUUUUAUCCAGUCACCUAGCAACCACUCAUCUCUCGAUCAUAAAUCUGCUUCCACAAACCUACAGAAUGUAUCCAGCAGAGCACUGUAAUUACAACACUACUAGAGGUCCCCUGAAGGGUUUAGGAACGAAUAUUUCUGCUGCAUUUAUUUAAAAUAAAUUAGAACUGGCUAUAUAGUCAAACAUAUUAUUGAUACAAGCUGUUGUUGAACCUGCUAAUUUAUUUGAUGAUUAGAGGUUGCACUUAAGUUAAGCCAUGCAUGCAUUAGCAAGGAGAGCUAAGGUAGGCCCUCACUGUUUGCUGAUUGUGUCUUAGAAUGACACAAGUAUAGUGUAUUGUGUGCACAAUAACAGCUUCACUGGUAUCAUAAUCAGCUUUUUUGUGGCACAUAGGGAAGUUAGGCAAUACAUCUUCAUUUAGGGUUUGUAUGUCAAAGCCAAAACAAUUUGUUUAGUUAAUUUGAUAUAUCAAUUAGUAUUUGUUUUGUGAUCCUUCGCAUGCACAGCAGUAUCUUUGUCCCAUAUGCAGUGGAUGACCUGGUUUCUACGUAUAGAUGACACUCAUUUUUUGGCCUAAUUCUUCUCUUCCUUUCUCCCAUUUCUCUUCUCUCUGGAUUAGCAAUGACUAAGUAUCUCUUGUAGUCAUCUAUCCCCCAAAUCCCUUGCUUCAGCUGUAUGUGUGUGCGUAGAAAGCACCGCCAACACACCAGGGAUAUCUAUUUUUGGCAUUCGAAGGUUAUGGCAGAGAGGCAGGCAUUCAAUCUCAGCGCAGCAUUCGUUGGAAAAAAGCAUAUAUUGAGAUGUCAGUGCAUGUGAGUAUGCGUCUAAGUGUGCUACUUUCCAAAAGAAGGAAAAUUGUGCUUUGUUUGCUCUCCUAUCAUAAAUGACUUCAACGAAGAACAAAGCAAGGCUGUUUCCAAGAGAAGCAUAUGGUUUGACUGUAUAAUUGCUUAGGUUUCCAUAAAGUCAUCAUGUGUACUUAGAUAUUCCACUUUUAAUUGCUCCCUAAUUUCAAAGAUACACAUGACUGGGACAUGUUCCUGCAUCAUUUGAGAUGCAUUAGAAAUGUCUCUGUCAAGUCAAGGGUGGCAGGAAAAGGCAUUGAUGUACUGCUCUUUAGAGGCAAAGUGAGAAGAAAAACGUGAUGCAUGUGGACUAGAUGUGAAGACUAAAUGCAUGAGUUUAAUAAUGUAGGUUGAUGCAAAUCAAAUAGAAUGAAGACACAGGUUAGCUUUGGUUAUUUUCUAAUUUUGAUUACAAGGGCUUAAAUGAUCAGUUUGUCUGAUUGGGAACACAGUUAAAGGGGCACUCCACCGAUUUUACAGUUUAGUUAUGGAGAGGACCACUCAGCCUGUGAAAACAGGUAUAUAAUGUCCUCUGUGGAGUCCUCAGGAAGGAAUGUCUGAAAAAAGAAGGUCUAAUGAAAGAUAAUAUCCAGUAGUAUUAUGGGAAAGCGUUUCUGGAGCUUGACCUAUACAGUGACUAAAAUUCUGGAUAUCUGCUGCUUCAGUUUUGACGAUUCUUUUUUUAAUCUGUCCCUUGUGAGUCCUCCAACUUCAUGCAAGUGCAGUACUAAAUCGCUGGAGUGCCCCUUUAAACAAAGAAAAUGUUACAGAUUCAGUGUAGCCAUGAUGACCUUAUCAUCGAAUGUUGACUAACUAUAUAAGCAUUCCACAUGAAGUACUGCGUGCUUUUUAGUGCACAUCAAUACCAAACAAUGUUCAGCUAAGCCAGUUGUUAGUAGGAUGCUUGUGCAGAAUAAAAGGGUCUAGUAGGCCUUAAACAUGUAUUCAUGGUCCUAUGUUUAUAGCUAGAGUUAUAACUGAAUAUACAGCUGGCCUAUAUAUUGCUUUUGAUAUGACUUAUGCAGUAUUUGUGCAUUGGCAUUGAGAAUAACCAUACUGAUGAAGGCGAUGGUAAACAGGCGAACUCAUGACCAUCAUAGACCUCAUCCAGAAACAUCAAUAUCUGGGCAGAAGAAGAAAAAGCAACUCAUGCACUGUUGUGGGACUGCACCUUUUGCGUUUUUCUUUGAAUGAAAAAGAUAACUACGUUUCCCAAAGAUCUCUGGGCCCACUUGCAGAAUGAAUGUAAUAUUAAUUGUUACUGAAGUGUUUUUUUCCCCUCAACAAUGAAUACACAGUAUAAUCAUAUCUAUCUUGUUUGAACCUGUGCUUGGCAAUAACUUUUGAUACAAGAGAUUUAAACACAAACAAAUGUUUGGAGAACUGGAAACUAUGACUAACUACAAUUACAGCUCUCACAGCCCUUUACUGACACAAAUGCUGGCCAAGCACAGGUCCAAAAACCUUUUCUGAUGUUUAUUUAUCCUUUGAAUGUUUUAAUAUUUUGUGUUUGUUUAUGUGAUGUGGUGUACAGUAUGUAUUUAUGUUGAAUAAGCACUUUUUGUUUUCCUUAAAUCAGGUGUUUGUUACCAUUAUUUUUCAGGAUUGAGAGCUGUAUAUUCUACUUUAGUGUGAAUGUAAAGUAAAAGUUUACUUGGAAAAUGUUAUAUGCUUAAUAGUAACAGCAGGUUUGGACUCAGUUUGCUUUCAGUUCCAAAUGUUAAAUAAACCAGCUUAACCAGCAUAAUUACAGAGCCUUAAUUCUAAUAAUUUCUGACAGAUUUAUGGUUAUGAGACCAUGUUCACAGGAAAGAUUCCACUUUCCAAAUUUAAUUGAAAACCUGCUGGAUUGGAAGUUAGUUGUCCCCAAACCUUGCUGAUGUACUAGCACUGCUUCUGAAAAGGCUUUUGCUUUGUGCUACAAAGUGAAAGAAUGAAUGUUGUGCUGUGUUUAAUGCUUAAAUUUGCUACCACUUAUUUAAUUUUCUUCACACUAUCUAUUUACUUGAGCACAGAGCUACAAUGUACAAGACUAGUAAAUAUUAAAAGAUAUAUUUCAUUUUAAGCAUUAUCAGGUUUUGUAAAAUAUGCUGAAUUAUUAGAAUAAAUGGACUAAAUGAAUUUUUUCAUGUCUCAGACUGGAGAGAAAAUCCUAAAUAGGCUACAGUCUCUCUUUGGGAUUCGGCUGGAAACUGCUAACAUAAAGUGUUUCAGGUGGUAUCUCUAAAUAUUACAUCCUUUGCAGUUGCAUGGGAGGUCUAGGAAGUAAAUGGGGUCACAUUGCUGCACCAUACAGCAGCACAGCAGUGUAGUGCCAGAUCAGCAGAAAACUGCUCUUUGACGUAACAAGAUGCUGCAGGCCAGAAAGAAACAAACUGUGAAAAAGCUACAUUAAGUAUAUACAGUCAUAUAGUGUCAUUCAGUCAUUCGUUUGUCCAUCAGAGCCCUUUCUCAGCUGAUUAUUUGGUUUAAUGGAGGUUAGAUAACCCUGUGUUCAGAUGGAAAGGGCAGAAUUACUGGAAAUAUAUCCCACUUCCAAGUGCUCAUUAUUGCAAGCCAGGAUUUGUGAAGUUACAUUAAGCUGAUGUUUUUGCUGUUGCUCACUUAAUGAAAGGCAUUACCCAUGUAGAUGGCUUUUAGACACGCAGAUCUGAAUAUCUAGGGUAUUAGAAAGUUAGAACAUCCUCUAUUUUAUUUUCAGAGAUUACAGACCCUGAUGCAUACAAACUACUACAAAAUACUUAUACAAAACGUGCUAAUAAUAUGGACCCAAGCCACAUUUCUCUUCCACCCGAGAACCAUAUAAACCCAGAGAUUAGUGCAGGCUUUACUCUGCAUUUCAUGGAUUACUAUUAUAUUUCACAACAUGUACAUUACAUUAAAUUAUAUUUGUGUGUACCGUGUAAAACAUAAAAUGGAUGCGCGCAUUAGCGAAUGAAUACAUUUAGGCUACUAUACAGUAUGUUUUAGAAGUAACACUUUACUGAAAGUGCUUUUUGUAUGCAUUAGUACACUUCGUCAGGCCUAAUGGUGGGAAAUGGGUGUGUAUGGGCUACCCAGUUGGCAGAGCAGAAUAGGCCGUGGUAUUGUUAUCAUGGCUGUUAGCGUGGUGGCCUGUUAUGUAAGUGACAGGUUGGAAUUUCAUCAUCCUGGCUCUGGGAUGGAGGAUCAGGGCUAAGUAAUGUCCGGAUGGAGACAAAAUGAGGCUGGAAGGAUGGAGAGCUGCAGGGAAAACUGCCAAGAGAGACGGAUGGAGAGAUUUAGCUUUAGGGAGGCCUAAAGGGUAGAAGGAGGAAAAAAGCUAUGGAGCUGCCAGAAAUGGCAGGAGGAAGUGAAAAUGCAACUGUCAAAAUGUAUAUACAUGGGUUCCAUUUGUUAAAUUUUAUUCAAUUUCAAUUCAGAAAUGUUUUAUCCUUUAUUUACCCAUGGUUACCCACUGAGAUGCCUUGCUCACACUCACGCAUUUUUGUAACUGAACUACAGAUACUAUCACAUUGAAAGUUUCUUUUACUGUAGACCAGAACUUAAAGAGAUAAUAGUGUUUCUUGUGAGCAUAAGGAAAGAUAACACUGGGAAGAUAUUUUAAUUGGCCAUAGCUCUCAAAUAAAAUUUGUUUCAAAAAUGUAAUAAUCUUUUGAUGAUUUGUAUGUAAUUAAAGCUAAAUAAUGGUCCCA